AUGGGCACCCCCGUUGCCCGGGGGGCCAGGCCUCUCCCCGCCUCCGGGAAGCGCUCUCCCCCGGUCCUCGGCCUGCUGCUCCUGGUCUUCAUCAAGCAAGUUACAGGAUCCCUCCUUGAGGACACAACUCGCAAGUGGGCUCAAUACAAAGAGAAGUGUCUGAGAGACUUACUCAAGGAACCUCCUGGGAUCUUUUGUAACGGGACCUUUGAUCGAUACGUGUGCUGGCCUCAUUCUUCUCCAGGAAAUGUCUCUGUUCCCUGCCCUUCCUACUUACCUUGGUGGCAUGAAGAUCUACCCCUUGUCUGUGCUCAGGUGGAAAACCACGCCUUGCUCUCGACCUUGCAGCUGUUAUACACCGUGGGGUACUCUCUCUCCGUCGUCUCCCUCCUCUUGGCUCUCACCAUCCUCUUGUUUCUUCGAAAACUCCACUGCACACGCAACUAUAUCCACAUGAACCUGUUUGCUUCUUUCAUCCUGAGAGCCCUGGCCGUGCUGGUGAAGGAUGCCAUCUUCUACAACUCUUACUCCAGGAGGCCCAACAGCGACAACAAGUGGCUGUCCUUCGUGUCAGAGAUAUCUGUCUCCUGCCGCUCUGCCCAGUUCCUGCUGCACUACUUUGUGGGAGCCAAUUACUCGUGGCUGCUGGUCGAAGGCCUUUACCUCCACACGUUGCUGGAGCCCACAGUGCUCUCUGAGAGGCGGCUGUGGCCCAGAUACAUGCUGGUGGGUUGGGCCUUCCCGCUGCUGUUUGUGGUACCCUGGAGUAUUGCUCGUGCACAGCUGGAGAACACCGGACAUGAGUUUCCAGGACACCACUUCCUUGUGGUUCGCUCCAACUGCCUGGGCCUGUUCUUUCUCAAUCUCCUUUGCCGUCUCCGCUUCUGCCAUUCCCUUCAUUACAAGGUCAAUUUCUUCAUCUUCCUGAAAAUUGUCAAGCUUCUCAUUUCUAAGCUCAAAGCCCAUCAAAUGUGCUUCAGAGAUUAUAAAUACAGAUUGGCAAAGUCAACGCUGGUCCUCAUUCCUUUGUUGGGCGUUCACGAGAUUCUCUUCUCUUUCAUCACUGACGAUCAAGUCGAAGGAUUUUCAAAACUUAUACGACUCUUCAUUCAGUUGACUCUGAGCUCCUUCCAUGGAUUGCUCGUGGCUUUGCAGUACUGCUUUGCCAAUGGAGAGGUGAAGGCUGAGCUGCGCAAGCACUGGGUCCGCUUCCUGCUCGCCCGCCACUCCGGCUGCAGGGCCUGGGUCCUGGAGAAGAACUUCCGAUUCCUGGGGAAAUGUCCCAAGAAGCUGUCCCAGGCAGACGGCAAGGGGACGCUCCAGAAGCCGCAGCCCUCGCCGGGCGGUGGGCAGCUCCUGCACCUGGCCAUGCAGGGCCUGGGGGGGCUGGGCGCUCGGCCGCCGCGAGGACACGGGGCCUGGCCCCGGGGCAGCAGCCUGUCCGAGAGCAGCGAGGGAGACUUCACCCUGACCCACACCAUGGAGGAGAUUCUGGAAGAGAGCGAGAUCUAG